UAACAAUAUAUGCAUAUAUUUAUUUAAAAAGAAAAAAAAAAUGCAUGGUAUUCAACUUGUUAAAUACGGUUCUCCUAAAGAAUCUCUUGUUUAUAAAGAAGAUUUACCCAUUCCUAAAAUAAAGUCGCCGCAUGAAGUAUUGGUUCGCAUCAAAGCUGCAGGAGUUAAUCCUGUAGAUGCCAAGGUUGCUAGUGGAAAUAUAAAGUUUAGCACCUUUAUCAUAUCUGUUCCUUCGAUUCUUGGCGCUGAUUUUGCAGGUAUUAUUGUGGAAAAGGGAGCUGCUGUCACAGAGUUUGAAGUAGGAGAUGAAGUCUUUGGUAGCUUGUAUUUUCCAUCUAGCUUAAAUGGAACAUAUGCUCAAUACACAGUUGUGGAUAUCACAAAGGCUUCUAUUGCUAAAAAACCUCAGCAUCUUUCCUUUGAGCAAGCAGCUUCAGCUGGUAUUGCUGUUCUCACUGCAUACCAAGGUAUUGUCAAAAAUGGUCAUCGUGUUGAAACACAUCCUCAUGAAAAAAGAAAAAUUUUAAUCGCUGGUGCUUCUGGUGGAGUAGGCAGUUAUGGUGUACAAUUAGCAAAGACUAUUUAUGCAGAGAAUACAGUUGUGGGAAUCUGUAGUGGCAAAAAUAUUGAAUUUGUAAAAUCACUCGGUGCAGAUCAAGUGAUAGAUUACAAGGAUGAAGUAGCUUACAAGUCUUUUAUCACUGAAGAAAAGGAUACAUUUGAUAUCAUUUUCGAUUGCGUAGGUGGUGAAGACUAUUAUAGACAACUUGAUCCUCUUUUAAAAAAGAAUGGUGUCUAUUCAACUGCUGUUGGCCCUAUUGAACAUAUUGGAUCCAAUCAUAUUGGAUUGUUUAAUAUUGUUUCCAUCAUUUCAAAAGUCGGCUAUAAAAAAAUAUUUGCUCCUCAUACUUAUGCUGUCAUCACUACCCUUCCUAACGCAGAUUUCCGAAAUAAAAUUGCGCCUUUAUUUGAAGCCAAAGCUAUUCAUGGUACAGUCCAUGAAGAUAGCAAUAUUAUACCUUUAACUGAAGGAUAUAAAGCUCACGAAAGACUUCUUACACAUCGUACAGUAGGUAAAAUUGUCUUAAAAAUUGAUUAAUAAAAUCAUGAUUG